UUACCGUUUGUUUAUAAAUAGUUACGACUCCUUCAUCUUAAUCUCGUCAAGAAACAAAAGUUUCAAACAAAAGCUACAAAGAUUUAGAUCAAAACACCAAAUUCAAAUUCAGAAGAUGAUGUCUAUUUUUAGCCCCUUUGAAGCUCUUUACGCUGAAUCCAAUGGCUUCAAGAUGAAGUUCUCCGGUGAUCAGAAACAGAGCUCCGGUGGUGAUCAGUCGCUGGAGACGGAACAACACAAGAACGCCGGGAAAACUCCGAUUUCCUCUCAAGACGAAAAGAGUAGUGACAAGAAGAAGAAGAUCCAACCGCUGAGGAUAGCUCCAGAGCUUGAUGGUGUUCAUUGUUUUGAGACAAUUCUUCCUCUUUAAUGAUCAUGCAUGAUAAAAGUUUUAUUUAUUUCUUGUAAAAAAUAUAUAUUCCUUUGUAUAAAAGAUUUUAAUCAGACAGCAUUAUUCCAAUUCUACAAACUAA